CGGACGGGCGAAGCUGCCGCUCGGAGGGCCAUCCUUGCCGGCGCCGAGGGGGUUAAGCAGCUGGGUUGUGCGGAGGCCGCCGCUCGGCUCGGCUCGGCUCUGUUCUGCUGAGAGUCGGGGAUCGCUCUGCCAGUGGGAAGAUGGCGACGGAAGGAGCGAGCGGGGAGCCCGGCUCUGGCAACCGGGGCGAUCCGGAGGCAGCGAAAAAAGAGUUCGAUGUGGACAAUCUCAGCAAAUCAGAACUGAGGAUGCUCUUGAGUGUUCUAGAAGGGGAGUUGGAAGCACGAGAUCUUGUGAUUGAAGCUUUAAGGGCACGGAGGAAGGAGGUCUUUAUCCAGGAGCGGUAUGGGAGAUUUAAUCUUAGUGACCCAUUUCUGGCUCUGCAGCGAGACUAUGAGUCAGGUGCUGGUGAUAAAGACAAGAAGUCCAUUUGUACCAACCCACUCUCCAUCUUAGAAGCUGUUAUGGCUCACUGCAGGAAAAUGCAAGAGAGAAUGGCAGCUCAGUUGGUCGCUGCUGAAAACAGACAAAAGAAGCUGGAAAUGGAGAAAUCGCAGUUACAGGAGCUCGAAAUGGAACAUAAGAAACUAUGUGCUCGUCUUGAGGAGGAGCGUGGCAAGAAUAAACAAGUUGUAUUGAUGCUAGUGAAAGAAUGUAAACAGCUCUCCAGCCGAAUAGUCGAAGAGGCCCAGAAGCUGGAAGAUGUCAUGGCAAAAUUUGAGGAAGAAAAGAAGAAAGCCGGCGAAUUGGAGGAAUCUCUUGCCGUUGAGAAGCAGCGGAGUGCACAGAUGGAAGCCCAAAUGGAAAAGCAGCUUUCUGACUUUGACACAGAAAGGGAGCAACUGCAUGCCAGGCUUGGCAGAGAGGAAGCGUACACCUGCGACCUCCGAGAAGAGAGGGAGAGGAUGAGAAAACUGAUUGAGCAGCUGAAGAAGGAGAACGACAGUAAGUUGCACCUUUCCCUCCCGCGUAAGAACAAAGAUAGAGGUUCCGUUUCUGUAUCUGUUGGAACAGAGGGACCGGCUUUGAGAACGCUUGCCUGCCAGACAGACGCGGCGUUACUAGAUGGUGGAGCCGAAAGUGUUAGGAAGUUGCCUUUAACUGUACCUGUAAAGCCUUCAGCUGUCAACCCGUUGCUCUCUGGCCACACAAAGAUGAAUGUAUGCUCCAAUGCAGGCUUUGUGAAGCCAGUCAUGGACAGGCAUUCUUCUUGCAAUGACCUGCUCCUGUCCCCCUCAACUCCCAUUCUGACUCAAGGCCAAAGCAGAAUUGAGGAGAACGGACCAAAUGCAACGCCUGACUUAACCAAUCUACCUUCCCCCUUUCCAAAUAGCAUUGCACCCUCGCCAGCACCCAGUAUAGCACCUCAGAGCUACCUGCAAGCAUCGUCUAUGCACUCUCUGCAUUCUCCAUCCGCCAGCAGUACUGGGCAUCAAGGCCUGAAUCCACGCGUCCAGGCAGCUAGGUUUAGAUUUCAAACCAAUGCUAACGACCAAGACCAAAACGGAAACACUACCCAAAGCCCUCCGUCGAGAGACGUGUCGCCCACGAGUCGAGACAACCUAGUUGCCAAGCAGCUAGCUCGGAAUACCGUCACCCAGGUCCUGUCAAGAUUCACAAGUCCUCAGGGCGCUCCACCUGGACGGCCGGGAAUGUCACAUUCGAUAGACGUUGGCACGUAUCCUCCCCCAGUCGGUAGAAUGGGUCUAAAGACUCCCAGUGUGUCGAGGAUUGACAGAGGAAACCCUCCGCCCAUUCCUCCCAAAAAGCCAGGCCUUUCACAGACUCCAUCUCCACCGCACCCACAGCUUAAAGUCCUUAUGGAUAGUGGUCGCUCCCCUAAUAUAGGUGCCAAAACUGACAGCAAAACCCUAGUCUCACCUCCUUCCAGUUCACCUCAAGGAAUCAGGGUAAUAAAUGAGGAGGUCAUUUCUAAGUCCUCACCUCAGCUGCCACCAAAACCAACACUAGAUAUAUCUGUGGCAUCUGCAGGGUGUGCCAUUCCAGCCAUGGCCACGUCUCAGGUGGGUGCCUGGCCUCCCCAAUCCCCCGGACUGAACCAACCUGCAUGUUCAGAAAGUUCCUUUGUCAUUCCCACCACCAUUGCCUGUAGCUCCUCCAUAAACCCUGUUAGUGCUUCAUCCUGUAGACCAUGUGAUUCAGACAGCCUACUGGUAACAGCAUCAGGCUGGUCUCCCUCCCUAACCCCUUUAUUAAUGAGUGGUGGUCCUGUCCCCCUGGGUGGCAGGCCCACCCUUCUUCACCAAGCUGCUGCCCAGGGAAAUGUAACUUUAUUGUCAAUGCUGCUUAAUGAAGAAGGUCUGGACAUUAAUGACUCCUGUGAAGAUGGCUAUUCUGCCUUGUAUUCUGCUGCUAUGAAUGGACAUACAGAUUGUGUAAGAUUGCUGCUGACUUCAGAAGCUCAAGUUGAUCCUGUUGAUAAAAAUGGCUUUACACCCUUGUGUUCAGCGGUUGCUCAGGGACAUUACAAAUGUGCAGAAUUAUUAAUCAUGUAUCAUGCUGACAUUAAUCACGCUGCUGAAGAGGGAGAGACACCUCUCUACUUGGCCUGUAGAAAUGGAAAUAAUGAAUGUGUCAAACUCUUGUUGGAAGCUGGAGCAGACAGAAGUGCAAAAACCUGCGAUGGCUGGACACCCUUUCAUGCUGCUGUCGAUGCUGAUAAUGUUGACUGCCUAAGAUUUCUUAUGUACUACCGAAAGACGGAAGAUGGAAACUUUGUGAAUGGAGCAGAUGCUAAUUCGUGCCUCUUUGACUUGGAGUGUGGGGUUGACAGCUGUAACCGUAAAGCGAAGCCCAUUGUUUCUGCAGAUCUCAUCAACCACGCUGACAAAGACGGCUGGACUGCAGCCCACAUAGCAGCGUCAAAAGGCUUUAAGAGUUGCCUAGAGCUCUUGUGUAGCCACGGGGAACUUGAGGCUGAGAGGGAAGAUAAAUGCAACCAAACCCUGCAUGAUGUUGCCACCGAUGACUGCAAGCAGCUUCUAGAGAAUCUGAAUGCUCUGAAGAUACCUUUAUGGAUUGCACUUAGCCAGGUGGAGCCAGCCCAUUGUGGUACAGAUGAUCUUGAAAUGGAAAACACCAUCUAUGUGUUAAACAUCCGCAAGCAGACAGCAUGGGAUGAUUUUUCAAAAGCAGUGAGCCAGGCAGUGGCAAACCAUUUCCAAGCAAUCACUUCUGAUGGAUGGAAGAGCCUAGAAGACUUGACACUUAAUAACACCACAGAAUCCACCAUCGGCCUCACUGCAAGCAGUAUAUUAUCCAUCAAACUUGGCAAUGUUUCAUGGUCAAUAGGUCAGGCAUUUCCUCAACCACCUUGGGAAUUUUUGAAAAGGAAUCAGGUGGAACAUAUAAUCAUAUUUUUGCUUGGUCCUCAAGAAGGCUGUCUGCACAGUGUGACUUAUGCAUCUAUGAUCCAUCUUCAGACGCUGCAGAAUUACCUCAGGCUGGUGGAACAGUACCGCAAUAUUAUCUUCCAUGGACCGGAAGGAAGCUUGCAAGAUUAUGUGGCAUACCAAAUAGCCCUCUGUAUGAAGCACAAGCAACUGGCUGCAGGAUUCAGCUGUGAAAUUGUCAAAGUGAAGAUAGAUUCUGAUUUCUCCAAGGAGCAACUUGCAGAAUUAUUCAUCAACAGCGGUUGCCUGAUCCCCGUGAAACAGCCUUCUGUAAACAGCAGAACCAUUGUAAUUUUAGAGAAUUUGGAAAAAGCGACAUUGUUGGAAUUACUGGGGGAGUUUCUUCAACCUCUUGAAAACCGUGGCUCUGAGAACCCCUACACUAUAAAGAAAGCCAAUGGCACAUCUGAAGCUUAUUAUUUCCACGAGAAUUGUUUUCUUAUGGGGACCAUUGCAAAAUCUCGGCUUCAAGGCUCUGACCUGAUGGUUCAGCAACAUUUCCUCUGGGUUCAGCUAAGAUGGGACGGAGAACCGAUCCAUGGCCUCCUGCGAAGGUUCUUAAGAAGGAAGGUUUUAAGCAAGUUCAAAGGAAAAAUGCCUCCUCCCUGUGAUCCAGUGUGCAAGAUCAUAGAUUGGAUUCUCGCAGUCUGGCACCAACUCAAUUCGUGUUUAUCACGGCUUGGCGCACCUGAAGCGCUUGUUGGACCGAAGCAUUUCCUGUCUUGUCCGGUGGUGCCUGGUCACAGCCACACAACAGUGAAGUGGAUGUCCAAGUUAUGGAAUGCUGUCAUUGCUCCCCGAGUUCAAGAAGCAAUUCUCUCCAGAGCUUCUCUGAAAAGACCAUCCACACUGGGACAGAUGGCAGUCAAGAAAAGUCCGAGCCAAGGGCAACAGGCUGUGGUGAAAGCUGCGCUCAGCAUCCUCUUAAAUAAAGCUGUUCUGCAUGGAUGUCCUCUUCCCAGAGCAGAGCUGGAUCGGUACAUUGCUGAUUUCAAAGGAGGAAACUUUCCCUUCUCUAUGGUGUCAAACUACAAGAAUUGCCCCAAGAAAAGAGGAGACAGCAUUGCUUGGAGGAAAGUGAGCACCAGUCCUCGUAAGAAAUCAGGCCACUUGUCGGCCCAGUCCUGGAGUAGGAAAGAGGAGAAUGCAGAAGGUGUCAAGUCAAAGAACAUAUUGCAGGAAAAUGGGAACAAAAUGGCUUCUCUAACAAAAAAACGUCUAGAAGAUGACCCACUAAGUGCGUUAAACCUGGAGCAGAGGCUAUCGGUUGGUUCUGAUGAUGAAGUAGACCUUGUGCAGGAGCUUCAGAGCAUAUGUUUAAGCAAAUCAGAAUCCGACAUAAGCAAGAUAGUAGAUUCAAAGGAUGAGCUGGUGGUGAUGAUUAAUACUUCUCAGAAGGAUCCUGUAUUUUCAGCAAACGUCAUUAAGGCCAAAACGUCAGCAUCACAGCAGGAUGGGAAUUCUGAGGUGUGUCCUCUCAGCAGCGGUCAAACUGUGCAAUGCAGCAACACGAAAUCAAAAACUGAAUCUUUCAAGAGUGGUGUUUCCAGAGUGAAAUCUUUUCUUCCUGUGCCCAGAAAUAAAGUCAGCCAGUCUUCUCAGAACACCAAACGAAGCAGCAGCAGCAGCAGCAAUACAAGGCAAAUAGAAGCAGUCAAUGACUUGAAAGAAGAAAUUUGGAACAUGCACAAAAAAAUACAACUUGAGAAAUGCGAAUAAAUAUACCGGUCUGCCAUUCAUUUCCCCCAUCCCCCCCCUUCGGCCUUUACGUAAUCUUAGUUACCUUUGGAGAGCAAAUUUAUUUACGAGUGUAAAUAAUUUUUAAAUAUGUUUUCUCGGUUGUAUCUAUGGGACCACAGUUUAAUUUCUGUGUAAAUAAGCUGUUUAUAAUGAAAAAAAAAUUAGAUUAUAUUGAAUUGAACUUUAGAAAGUGAGAGAGAUUCACAGAUGAUUUUUUCUAAUCUGAAAAUGUUUUAUUGUUUAAUUCUAUUCAGGGGUAUCAGUAAAAAGAGUGUAAAUAAUACAUGCAUAGGCACACACACACACACACACACACACACACACACACACACACACAGAGUUUGGUGGAGAGAUGUGUUCUCCAUUGCAUUAAGAUGCAGGUAGCCAAUUUAGAAGGAUUGACCUACUAUCUGUAUAGCAAAGUCAGUGUGGCGUUAGCUGUCUACUCGUCACUUUCAAUCAGAGACUCUCCUGGAGGUCCACUCUGCUAGUAUGCAGUGGGAUUCCCAUGCGACAGGAUCCUAUGUGAAAAACUAAGCAGUGGAUCUGCUUUCAUUUCCUGUGUAUACCGGGAUCCUACAGGGAUGCUAUCCUGUGUGUAACAUCCCUACUGCCUGUAAAACAGGAUCAUUGGAUAUGGAUGAUAACCUUUAUAUAUAGUUAUAUAUACUGAAGUUUCCUGUGUUAUAUUUCAUACAUUGGGUUGCACAAUUCUGUACAGUACUGGCUUAAAGCUAACAAUAUACCUGUGUUUUCAAGGCAAAAAUAAUAAUAAUGUUCACUUUCUGAAAAGUGAAUGGAAUGUGGCAAUAAUGGGAAGAAUUGGGAAUACUCCCCAGUUACUUUCAGUUGUAAACUGCAUUAAAUAUUUCAAUUGCCCAUAUUAUUGGGUAGUUUGGUUUAUUUCUUGUCUCAAACUCCUUUGUCGCUUCUAUUUUGCAUUCCAGCUCCUCUAUGACUGAUGAUUUGUGCAGACUUUGUUUUUUCUGUUCAAAACAAGAACUCCAAAGCCACCGUAAUAAGCAAUCUGUUGUCAUUUGUCUCAUGCUGCUUUUUAUCACGAAAAAAGAAAGCAUUUAAUUACGUAAAUUAUUAUUAUAUAUGCUAUGCUAUAACCCCCCACACACACACACACACUUUUCUCAUUUUUGACACCUGCUAGAAAUUUAGGGCAUUUUACAUUCAAAGAUCAUUUUUCUUAAAAAGGACAGCACUUGAUUAGCACGCAGUAGUCAUCAGGAGAAAACGGAACAGCAAUAAAUUGGGCGAUGUGACCCAUUUGUGUAUCCUGUCUAAAACAAUGUUUUAACUGCUAUUCUUCCAUCCUACAUCCUUUUCACUUGCAGAAGACUGUGCCCUUUCAGUAUUCACACUGGGCACAGUUCCAAGACCCUGUCUUGACAUGACACUUUCAGUAAAUGAAUCGGUACAGAUUACUUAAGAAAAAAGGCUAUACAGUAUAGCCAGCUGGUGAAUUGCUAGGCACUUGCUUUGACAGUGCUAUGAAGAUGUGCAAUCCAACAUCUCUGCAAGAGAGUUUGUAAAAAAAUAAAGUCAGCGGUUAUGUUAAAUGUUCUCCUGGAAUUUCAUCUGUCAUGCCAAUAAAACCCUUUUGUACUGCAGUUUCUGCAAAUAUGUUUGUUUCUGUCGUGUGUGUAUGUGUGUGUGUGUGUGUGUGUGUGUGUGUGUGUGUGUGUAGUUUUAUGUGCAUUAUCUGUGUGCAUGUGCUGCAAAAACAGGAACCUGAAACUUCGUUUUCUACCUACUACUGCUUCCAUGCUUUACAUCACAUCUUUAAGAUAACCAAGACCUGGGUCUUAGCCAACAUCCCCAAUGGAAUUCCCUUUCUAUUUCCCACAGACUAUAUCUAUGCUCCCAUUGCCUCCCCAUAACAAGGCCUCUUGUUCUUGGUUUCCCCCACUUCUCACUUGUCUCUUCAAUUCUGUAACUAGUUGUACUAAAAUCUUGGCACAAGACAAAUAUUAGAAUUGGGAGAAAACGUGUAUGAUUUAUUUUUGCAAACAUUAGUAUUUUGUUCAACUCAACACUGAGUUGGGAAUAGGAUUCAAAAGUUGCUGGCAACUUAACCCAGCCCUGAUCAUUAACUGUGUGGAUUUUAAGGAAUUAUUGGGCCACUAACUGCGCAAUCUUUUUAUUUUUAUUUUUUGCAAGUCUACUUCACAAAUCUGCAGUAGAACUCACUCUCAAGUUAGUGUGUAUGUAGCAUUGCAGCCUUGAAGUUCUUAAAAUUUUGUUGUUGUUUUUUUAAAUGUUGAACAUUACAUUAUUGAAUAUUUCCCAGAAAACAUAGUCAUGGAAUCCAGCCCUAUGAUUUUCUUGGUCAGAUAUCAGUCCCAUUGAAUUCAAUGGGAGUCCACCCUGAUUAAGUGCACACAGGGCUGCAGCUCAUUAGGUGACUUUCUAAGAGAAUGCUCUAUACAUCUGCCCUAAGAUCCACUGUAAAUAUGCAAUCUUAACAAAUAAUUUUGGCUGAGCCUAGGGCUUGCUGAUCAGAAGGUCGGCGGUUCGAAUCCCUGCAACGGGGUGAGCUCCCGUUGCUCGGUCCCAGCUCCUGCCAACCUAGCAGUUCAAAAGCAUGUCAAAGUGCAAGUAGAUAAAUAGGUACCACUCCGGUGGGAAGGUAAACAGCGUUUCUGUGUGCUGCUCUGGUUCGCCAGAAGUGGCUUUGUCAUGCUGGCCACAUGACCAAAGUCUCAACCUUAAGUCCUCAUCCCAAUAAAAAUUCAACAUACACAAACUUCAGACUCUGGAGUAAAUGAGCUGCUUUUGUGUGUGUGCAAGGCUGAAUGCUAACCAGCAGUGCUCAAGAGAAGCACGUCAGGGUGCCUUCCAACUCUGCAAUUCUAUUUGUUUCAGUUAUUGGACAGAAUAAAGGCAGUUUUUGCAUGUUGUUAUCUUGUCCUCAGCAGUGCUAUUGACGGAAGAGCAUGUGCCCAUUAAAUUCCUGCCGGUUAGCAGUACUUUCCAGCUAAGAAUUGCUCCUCAGUAUUCUAUUCAUAAGCAACUAAACACGACACUGACAUGGUCUCCAAUCUACAGUGUAGACUGACCCUAUGUGCAUUGCCAGGUUUUGAAUGCACAUUUUAAUUCCAAUAAGCUCUGGUACCCAUGUGGUUUGGCUGUGAUAGCCAGCAACCAAGGGUUGUUCCAAACAAUACAUUUAAAGGCACUAACUGUGAGAGCAGAAUCUGCAGCUGCUUCAAGUCCUGAAACACACACUUGUAGGGAAACUUCCAAGCUUUAGAAAUCCAAAUACCUGAGAGCAGCAUAAUGUAAUUAUUAGACAUUUAUUUUCCCUGAUAGUUCUGUACCAAAUGAUAUCCUUGUUUUCUAAAAUUACACACACACACACACACAGUUAGUGCCUUUAAAUGUAUUGUUUGGAACAACCCUUGGUUGCUGGCUAUCACAGCCAAACCACGUGUGUGUGUGUUUGUUUCAAAUAUGAGUCACAACAACGCAAAUUUUCACCAAAUGUCUUCAUGAGGACCUUCACACUAUUAAGUCAAUCGUAUUAUUGAUUCCCACCCAUCCCCUUUCGGGUGCCAUUUGUCUAAUCUUACAUUUGAUUCAUUAAAAUGCUCCUUUCUUUAAAUAAGAUCCUGACUUUGCUUUGACUCCCCUGCCUUCUCUCGCUUCUAGGUUACACAACUUGCUCAGUAGCUAGGGUUGUAUGGGAAAUGUUUGGAGUAAAAAUCAGUUUCUAGGGAAAACUUUGCCAAGUUUUCAUGCGGGAUUCAUCCAAGCACAGCUGCAUAUACCCAACCCAGCUGUUGAUGAUCCAGUGGUUGUAUUGUAGGAAGCUGUUUAUUGAAAUGAGGGUGCUAAUUUCCUCCUCCCUUCUGGAAAAAAAAUCCCAGAAUUUUGGAGUCAUCAAACACCACCAGAAUCAAUAGCAGCACUUUUUGGUAACUCCAUCGCCUCAUAAGCCAACUGACCCUCUGAAUGCUCUUUUUCCCCCUUUCAAAAUGCGCAAAAAUAAAAAUAAAAAUUGCUUCAGGUGUCUUCUUUCCUGUUUUCUAUUCUUGGAAACUUUACAAAUAGACAUGUAUCGUUGCAAUUUAUUCAGAGUUUCAGUGAACGUAUGCAAUUAAUUUGAGUUGCACAGACUUAUCUGCUUUGUCAAGUGGGAAGCAGCUUAUUUUUAGAGAGGCUACUGAAUGAAACUGAAUUUUGUGCAGCCUAAAAUAACCUGCAUCUAUAUUUGCCUACAAAAAUUGAUCCAGUAAAAAGGCAUUGCAUUUUUGCAGCUGAAUAGAUUCUGUGUUUCUCCCUCUGGAGGCAACACAGCACGAGAAAAGUGUAUCCAUUCUGCAGCACCAUCUAGUGACAAGAAAGCAAAAAAGUUAUAAGCAAGAGUUAUAAGUAUUUCUUCAGAAUACACAGGGAUUCAGAGUUGUUGAUAUAUUGGAUAUUUGUGUGCCGAACAGAGACAGGAUCAAUUCUGUUCGCUUCAAUGGUCCAACAGAAUACGCAUUUGGCUUGUUCACCCAAACAUCCUUGGAUAUAAUUUGUGUUAUCAUAUGCCAGAGAGACAGUACACAAUACAUUUGUUUUAUUGACAUAUUGCACACAAUAGCAUCAUGAAACUUGCUUGCAAUUAAAUUCACUUUCUAUUUAUUUUUUCCAGACCUAGCCGCUUAGUACCUUUUUGUAUUACCUGAUAGCAACCUGAAUGGCAGGCGUUGUAGCUUGUUACAUACAAAGUGUGGGUUAAGUUUUCCAGUUAUACAAAUACAUACAAUUGCAACAAUCCAGCAAAUGCUAAUCACAGCUAUGGACUGCUUUGCACACAGGCCUCUGUGUAUAUGAUGUACCCACACUUGAGUUGGGCAAGUGAGUCACUUGUACCUGUGUCCACACACACACAAAUGCAUAGCACACAGAAUGUAAAGUGUGAUAUGAGUUCAAUAUCCUGUUUCCAGCACUGGGCUUUGUGAAGUCCAUAAGCAAGACAGAAAGGAAAUUACCCUCUUCCACUAUUGAUCCUCCACUGGCAUUCAAUAGUAGACUGGCAAUGGAUCUAGAGGUUCCAAAUAGCUAUGACUAAUAUAAUUCCAUAGCCUCCCCCGUGAAUUUGUCCCAUCCCUUGGAAAGCCACCAUGCCUUGCAUCGGUGAGUUCCACAGAUUAACAGCAUUACAUAAAGAAGUACUUCCUUUAGUCUCACCAUUCACAGCACACUUGCAUCUAUGUCGCACUUUCUGUGUAGGGGGGACAUACAGUGGUACCUCUACUUACGAAUUUAAUGCGUUCCGAAC